CCACCCGCCCACAAACCUCGAAGAAGAAGUCCGGUCACGUGAUUUCAGAGGGUAAAAAAAACAAACAAAAUACACGAAGGAGCUGUAAUGAAGAGGAACCGAAACUCUGAGCUAACAGCGGAAUUACGAUGUGUAGCACUCAACUCCGGCGGUGAAUUAGCGAAACACCCUGGAAGCUAAUGUCGGUCAGACCACCAGCCUUUUUACACCAUGAAUCUAAGAGGACUCUUUCAGGACUUCAAUCCCAGCAAGUUCCUGAUCUACUCGUGCCUGCUGCUCUUCUCCGUGCUGCUGUCCUUGAGGCUGGAUGGAGUCAUCCAGUGGAGCUACUGGGCUGUGUUCACCCCGAUAUGGCUGUGGAAGCUGUUGGUCAUCAUCGGGGCCUCGGUCGGCACUGGAGUGUGGGCGCACAACCCCCAGUACAGGGCUGAAGGGGAAACGUGUGUGGAGUUUAAAGCCAUGCUGAUCGCGGUGGGGCUGCACGUCCUGCUGCUGAUGUUUGAGGUGUUGGUGUGCGACCGCGUGGCGAGGGGAAACUACUUCUGGCUACUCGUCUUCAUGCCGCUCUUCUUCGUGUCGCCCGUCUCUGUGGCGGCAUGCGUCUGGGGGUUCAGACACGACCGCUCCCUCGAGUUGGAGGUGUUGUGCUCAGUUAACAUUCUCCAGUUCAUCUUCAUUGCUCUGAGGCUGGACAGGAUCAUCAACUGGCCAUGGCUGGUGGUGUGUGUCCCACUCUGGAUCCUGAUGUCCUUCUUGUGCCUUGUGGUUCUCUACUACAUCAUCUGGUCCGUCCUCUUCCUACGUUCCAUUGACAUCAUCGCCGAGCAACGGCGGACACACAUCACCAUGGCGAUCAGCUGGAUGACCAUCGUCGUGCCCCUUCUCACCUUUGAGAUCCUUCUGGUGCACAAGCUGGACGGCCACAACAGCCUGAGCUACGUGUGCGUGUUCGUCCCGCUCUGGCUCUCCCUGCUCACACUCAUGGCCACCACCUUUGGCCAGAAGGGGGGGAACCACUGGUGGUUCGGCAUCCGUAAGGACUUCUGCCACUUCCUGUUGGAGCUCCUCCCCUUCCUGCGAGAGUACGGCAACGUGUCCUACGACCUCCAGCGCAGCGAGGACCCCGAGGCGGUCGAAGACGUGCCCGUCCCCGAGCCGCCGCCAAAGAUCGCCCCCAUGUUCCACAAGAAGACCGGCGUGGUGAUCACACAGAGCCCCGGGAAAUACUUUGUCCCGCCACCCAAACUGUGCAUCGACAUGCCCGACUAAGCUGUGCACCCUGUGGGCCACGGGGGGGGGGGCUGCUGGUGGUGUUGCAGCACAGGACCCAUCGGCCAAACUCUGCAUCACGAUGGCUGUGACCCAUUAGAGCCGAUAUGGAAGUGAAUGAUCAAUGGACGCAGGAUCCCGAUCCCGGCGGUUGUCCCUCGAUGUAAAGACCGCUCCGCCUGACGCUGCCCUGCAGGGAACAGAUUUAUGUUUUUCGCCGUGUUGCUUACUAAAGAUUCCGAAGUCUCCGAUACUCUUGGAUCUAAAUGUUGAUGUCGAUUUAUGUCGGGUGAGACAAAAAGAGAAGCGCUGGAUCUGCGUGGACUUCCAACCUGAAGCGAAGACGCGCUCGUCUCCCUGGGGACCAUUUGAGAGACUCCGGGCGUAAACGGGAACAAUGAUCUCUUAUUGAUGCACGUUGGACCAUGCAGUUGGAGAAAUACAGGGCGGAAUAGAGGGUAAAGAAGGGGUUCUGAUUUAUUGUUUUUUCAGGUAUGUGUUCGUAUAACACUUGCUUGCCCAAUCAUAUGCUGAGAGAAGAAUUUGUCUUUGUCAAUGUCCUCCUGUCCGUGAAGCGAGCCCUUUCAAACUUGAUUCCAUCAAAGAGACGUGGGGACAAACCGGAGAGGAGGGAUGCUUGCUAAGCAUAUUUCAAUAUACACAUACAUAUGCGUGAGGUUGCUUUCAGGCAGACCUAAACAAUGGGGAGCGUUUCUCUUUAAAAAGACACCGCAAUCAAAAUGGCACUUUGAAAGAAGUUCUCGUGGAACCGAAAACUUUGUUUGUAUUCCUACUUUUUGUAAAUAGGUUAAGUUAGGGACCAGAGUGGAGAUGACAGCGUUGGAGGCAGAGCCGUAAAGAGCAAAAGGAAGCAAGUAUUUGUAAACAUCAGCCACGAUGGUUUUGAAUGAAUCACGUAACGCGUCUGUGCUGAGAAUCAACCUAUGAAAUCAAGACAUUCUCAAAACAAAUCAAGAUUCCAAUUGACCGUUUCUUUUAUUGAGCGAUGAUCCAAAUGUUGCCACGUGCAUUAAGCGCGUGAAUACUGAUUCUGUAGAAAACUUUCCUGGCGCAUCGAAGUCACACAUUUCCAAAUUCGUUUUCCAUUGACUUGCUUACUUUGCUCACAGAAAAGAAAUGCAGCUCCACUUUUAAAAAAUCCAGAUCUAAUGAAUAGAGAGCAACUCCUGAGGCUCCGCGAAUGAUCUCUGUAUUGUUUUUCUUUUCAACACCUGAUUGCUGCAGCGUCCAUGAUGCUGUCUGUAUGUUGUCUUUUCUACACGGCUCAUUUUGCAUUAAACUGCUGAUUUACUAGUGACACACUCCCUCGAUGCUGCAGGUAAAGCAACCAGGUUUUCUUCUGGUGGAAUACUAGAUUUUGCUCCGUUUUAUGUAUUUAUUUUAGAAAAUAAAGCUACCCUUAACUGCA